AUGGCGAAAGAUCAACAAUGCACAAAGGCUCGUCGACCUUCCAAGUCUCACGACCGUGCCGAUAAACGGGUCUCCAAGCCUCGCAACCAGCAUGCGUCGCAAAUGCGUCGUCCGUCUGACGAGGCGACCAACUCAUCCAAUUCUGAACUAGCUAGUAUUCCCAUCAAGACCAAUGGCCAGACUUAUCGUGUUUCGUUCGCACUGCCGGAGCAUGGGGAAAGUCCUAGUGCCAUUCCCUUACUUAAGGUUAGCCUCGAACGCCGUCUUCAUGGUCUGGCUGGCGGUCGUAGGUCUGCACCUAAUGAAUCCUACUUGCCAACACGAAGACACGCACUUGAGCACUCCACUAGUCUGGAGUGGCAGAACCUAAAGGAAGAAUCAGUUGAAAGUGGUGAUAUCAAUGAUCCUGUCGAUGAAUCAGAUGAUGAGUUCCCACUGCUAGACGACAAAUAUGAGCCCGUGCCGGUCAAAGCUCAAGAUAUCAAUAUUGACUUAUACAAAGAUAUGUUCCGCAUGCUGAAGCAGAACGGGUGCAAAAAAUUGGUGCAGGCAUGGCUGAGGAAAUGUCAUCGUAAAAAGCAAGGAAAUUAUCCUUAUAAUGGGGGUAUAAACUGGCAAAGGUUUGCGGACUGGGAUCCCAAUAACAGGGGCAAGCAUUCAGCACCUCCCUACUGGCCUGAUCAAGUGAAUUAUGAAGAUCCUAAUUCCAAUAGCUGCCGCCACAAAGAGCCUGAUCACCAGAGAAAACAUGAAACAAUUGUCAAUGAUAGCUUCACAGAGCGCCUAAACCUACUUUGCCACUUACUUCGUGUCGGCACAACAUACGUCGACUACAACUUUAGCAUCGACAAGCUUCAAGAGGGAACAAAAGAUACUGUAAAUCAACAUAAGGACCAUUUCCCGCCGCGGGCAGCGGAGAUCCUUGAGGACAUCUAUCGGGCUAGAAUGAAGGAGGAAGAAUUUUUGAGGGGUGAAGUCGAUGGCGAUAACACAAUUUGGCUGUUACUUGCCUUACCACCAAAAUCAAGUAGGAAUGCAGCAUGGCUAUUACAAAAGAAUUCGAGACCCAGGAAAGAACCUAGGAGAGGUUCAUCACCAAAUAAAGGCCCUCGAAGCCCACUGAGUGGAAAUGAUUCAUCUUCGAACUUAUGCUACGCUAGAAGCGAAAGGGACGAGUCUAUAGAGACAGACAGUGAUGUUGAAAGAGUCGACGCCGGCCACGUCGAUCAAGCCACCGAGAAGGACUUGCCUGUGCUUGUAACAACGACCGCUAGUACUGUGCCUGAAUUUAGGACGUCGACAAUCCCGGGAGUAAGCAGCAAACGCGGGUACCCCUGGCUCCCUAGUAAUCGCAACAGCGGCAACAAAACCUCACACUCGUCCUCACAGCAAGACAUACAACGCAAAGCAUCAAGUUGCACCAGCAUCUCCCAAAAAAGUGCGCUCUCUAGCGCUGGGUCAUCCAUUGUCAGUGAACCAAUGCUGACUACUGGUCUAUCUGAUAUGAUGGCGAUGCCCCGUGAGCUGUCUUCCCAAUCGACAUCUGGCUAUCUUUCCGACAACGUUUCCAGCAGUUCAUCGGAACGUAUGUUCCCCUCAAACGUAUGGAAUCCACAUCAUGCCGGAGAACAGCUAAUCACGACAACCAUACGCCCUAAGUUCAAAUCCUCUGCAUCCACUUCCUCUUCUUUUGCUCUCGAUGCACCUGUGGCGCAUAUUGGUGAUCAUAACAACCUUUUCAAUUUUACGACACAACCACUGCAUAGGGAUCAAUGUCAACACAGCGGAUCGUCGGAUAUUGACGUGGCCGGGUCCAAUUACUCGACUGCUUUGCCUUGGGGCGUGAACGUGUACACAACGAAUGAUAAGUCAUACACUGUAGACGAAGGCUGGUAUAACACCAUCUACGACGAUCAAAACUGCUUGCCAAACAAUAAUAUGUGUGGUAUCAGCGCCAAUACUUCGCUCCAAUCCAACUUUGAGAGCGUAUCAAAUCAGUUGCAAAACCCGCCUCUCAACUUGGACAUUCCGAACGCGUCAAUGCAGACUAGCUUUGGCAGUAAUCUGUAA